AUGCUUGUUUGUGGCCCAACUUUGAAAUUUUAUGAUGCAUCCGUUCGGUGGCCCGGGUCUACUCAUGAUUCCAGAGUUUUUAAAAACUCUCGCCUUUUCGAAAGAUUAUCAAGUGGUUGGAGGCCUUUUCAUGGAGCAUUUCUGUUAGGGGAUUCUGGUUACCCCCUUCGUGAUUACAUUCUUACACCAAUUCCUAAUCCACGGAGCGCUGCUGAAGAAAAAUUUAAUCGCUCUCACAAAAAAACAAGAAGAUUAAUUGAAUGUGCAAUUGGAAUUUUAAAAGAAUCUUUUCGGUAACCUUAUUUUAAAUAAUUUAUUUAAUUUUUUAAGAUGUCUAAAAAAAUUACAAGUAAAGGACCCUUCUUUUGCCUGUGAGAUAAUUAAAGCUUGUCUAGUAAUACACAAUUUUCGGACAAAUGAAGAACCAUUUGAAACGCCAACAAACGAAGAAGAGGAUGAUCAAAUACCAAUUGAAGAAACUCAAGAUGAUUUAGAAGGAAGAGAAAAAGGACUUGAAAAAUUGAAUCAAAUUGUCGCAAUAU